AUGUACGGUUCACUCGCCACAGCUGAUCAGCUCUCAGCCAACGUGCAAAACCCUGGCCACAACUCUCUUGGCCUCCUUGGCAGCCUCUCUCCCGAGGACCACUCCGUCGAUUCGAUCGCCAUGUCGCACUCGCACUCCAUGCCAGCUUUUCAUGUGACUGGCAUGCCGCAGCCGUAUGGCGCCAGACGGGGCUCGGUCAGCUCGGCAGCCUCGUCGUCGUGUCUCAGUCUGGAGCACGCUUCAGAUCACUCGGCGGCCUAUGGAUCUUACUCGCCUCGCUCCUUCACCCCGAGCGAGUCACCCAUGAACCUGCCUGGCUCGCUCACCUCGCUGUCCGGUCUCGCUCUUGGCACGCCCGAGACGCACGGCCAUGCCGACCUGCCUGCGUCGUACUCGGACCAGGCAGCCUUCCAACCUGAGCAGCACAACGCCCUGCUCGCUCUCUCGCACGGCCAAGACGAGUUCAGCCUGGACAUGCCUCCGCCGUCGACGUUCAGGCGCCGAACUGCUCACUCGUUCGACGUCUCGAUGCUCUCCACUCAGCAUGCCCAGCCCAACCUGUUAGGUCACUCUCAAAGGAUAAACGAGUCGGACGGCUCGCAAGAGACCACGCCCAUGCCCACCUCGACAGGCAUGUUCUCGGGACAGUCGGUGACCAACCUCAGUGAGGGCUUCCGCGCUGCCCAGCUGCCCGUGACGCCACAGCAUUCCAUGGCCGGCCGUGCCUCGUUCGGUACCGCUCCCUGUGUGUUCACACCCGGUCAAUCCUACUCGCCCGGCUCGACACCCGACCACUCGAUCCGAGGUGAUCUCUCCAACCCCAGCUCGCCCUUCUACCCACCUUCCGCUGUGGCGCUUCGAAGGCUGACCAGCGCCGACCACGUUCACAGCGACUUGUAUGCGCCUCACGAGAUGGGCACCCCGAGCAAGAAUACCCCGCCACUGCUCAGCCUCUCGGACAUCAACGGUCUGCACAAGAACGAGCCCAGCUUCCAGCCCAACCUCGCGUUCCGUGACCACUUCCAGAGCCCAUCCACCUUCCAGCCUCACCGAUCCAGCCUGCCCGACAUGUCAUCUGCUGGCAUGAGCGCAUCGGCCAUGUCCAGGGUCGCGUCGGCGCCCACGUCGAGUCCCAUGCCUCAGCUCACUCGCUCGUCGGCAUCAUCCGAGGCUUCCUCGUUCGCCUCGUUCCCAUCCACGCCUUCGUCGUCGAUCGCCUCGGCGGUCGAGGGCCGUAGGGCAAGCUACAUGUACCCCACCACUCCGACCAACGACUUGAUGUCGCCCGGCUUUGAUCCUUACUACAGCGCUCCUCAGAUGUCGGGUCACCGCAGCAACAGCAUGAUUUCGCUUGGCUCGCCCAUCAACGACGGUAGCUUCAGCUCAAUGCUCGAUGGCCGAAGCCGCAGUGUGUCUGGCUCGGUGACACGCACUACGCCGCGAGGACGGGUUCGCAAUGCUGGUCCUCCUCCUUUGAUUGUCAGCUCGGCGGAUAAGCUGCAUGUCUGCCAUUGCGGUAAGAGGUUCAAGAGGAUGGAGCAUCUCAAGCGACACAACCGCACGCACACGCAGGAGCGUCCACACAAGUGCCCUGUCGAGACGUGCGGCAAGUUCUUUGGUCGUUCCGACAACCUCGCCCAGCACCUCAAGACGCACUUCCGCCCCGCUGGGUUGGUGGGCCGCUCGUCGGAGCUGCUCUCGCUCACUGCGGGGUCGGACAAGUACAACAACAACGAGCCUCGUCACGAUCCGUACGCUGCUGCCGCUGCAGCCGCAGCGGCGGCAGCCCAGGCGGCCGUGUCGGUCAGCGGCAAGCGCGGCUCGAUCAGCCAGGCUUGUCUUGGCGGGCCGAUCGCGCUGAGCAAGCCUAUGCCUGCUCGCCAGGUGCUGGCACCGGCGGGUGGACUCAGUGCCAACUCGUCGCCCACCAUGCCCGAGUCCAACGAGGGCCUCCAGCUCUCUGCUCAUUUCACCUGA